CAAAAAAUCGCUGCGCUACUGGUGCCAACUUCUUUGCCCUCUUUUUACUUCCAAAAUGUUGGGAGGCAUGCUACUGUUAAUAAUAAAGCGUUGCAACUUCGUCUAUGUUUUUUGUUUCUUGGAAGCGCCUCGCUUGAGUCAAUAGAAUUUCGUUCCUAGAUCUGUAAAAGGAUUCCGAUCCAGUGACCACGUGACUCAAGAAGGCUGCCGCUCGUGACCUAUUUCCAAUACAGGAAAACUAGUACAGGGAGGUAUGUCCCUUAAUUAAAAUGGCUCUGCGGUGUUCAUCUCUAAAGGCGUACCCGCAAAACGCGUGACAACACGCUGGGCAAUUGAUUGGUUAACGCUUCCUCUAUCUGUUAUACUGAGCGGAGCGAGCCUGGGCCUGAAAACGCGCUGUAUGCUGGAUAGGUGGAGGACGACGGGGUUCGGCAGUUUUUGACAGCCGCUGCAAGGUUAAUCAGGUGUGACCAGUCCCCUGACCUGUUCCUAUGUGCCUGGGGCUGGUAGGACCCUAGAUCAUGCAUUAAAAUAAGGUUUAGGAAAGCUGUAGCCUGAAAAAGACCCUACCGAUUCUAUUAGGUGAUGCAAAUGGAACCCAGAGGAGCUAAUUUUGAAAAGAAAGGGCCUUAUCUUAUGGGCAAAGGGACAACAAUUCAAGCCAAGCUACAGAGGCAGCGGGAUUUGGCUCGUGCAUCCCUUAGGAAGAAGGGUGUGCUAGGGCCAACAGGCAAAGUGCACCCUGCAUCAAAGAGGUCAGUGAAGUUUAAUAAGGGAUAUGCAGCCCUCAGCCAGGCCUCUGAUGAAACGCUUGUGUCCCUGGAUUCAGACAGUGAUACAGAGCUGGAAUCAAGGUGUUCAUCUGGAUAUUCUUCAGCUGAGCAGGUCUCACAAGAUGUUAAUCGGCAGCUCCUUCAGGAUGGCUACCACUUGGACGAAAUACCGGAUGAUGAGGAUCUCGAUUUGAUUCCACCAAAACCUGUGCGCUCCUUGCCCUGCUCCUGUUGCCUGGGGGAAUCCUGGUCCUGCUGUAUCCAGUAAAGUAUUUUAGGGAGAGUAUGGCUUUCUACUUUCUCUGAUCUUGGAGGGUUAUUGAACAGGAGUCUGCACUGAAUCGAUCCUUAUAUUGAAGACCUAUGCCAUGCAUAGCAAAUACUAAUCUUACAAAAAAAAACAUUAACCAAAGAGCUUCUCAUUGUUAUCAAGGAUUUUGCUAUCUAAAGUUCCAUAUUGUAAAAUGAAAAAUGUGAGAACCUAUAGAAGCAGUUGCUCACAAUUUCACAGGACACAAAUGGCCUACUCUUACCCAUGACUAAUAUAUGUAAAAAGAAUAUGUAAAUUAAUUUUAUAAUGUCUUGCCUAAUGGAACAUUUGAAGAAAUCGGUUCUCUGUUGCAUAUGGCUGGAAUUGGAUGGGUCUCACUUGCAGUAUCGCACAAUAGAUUUAAUUCUUCCAGCCCUCAAAAUAGGACCUUAAUUAAAUUCCGGGUAUGGACUUUGCAUCUAAAGACUAUUUACAGCAUAUCUGGAAGAAGUGGACGCGUCCUCGCUGUUGUCAGGUGUAGUUCUUUACACGUUACUGGUAAUUGGACUGUUACUAUGAUAUAUCCCACUUACCAAAUUUUGGCUACUGUUACAUUACAGAUGUUGAGUAAUACAGACUAAAUAGACAGGCUCCCUAAUUUAUUUGGAAACCUGUUAUCUGUACUCCUGAAAAUGUUGGUAAAAGCUGCUUUCAAGGUAAGCGCUUUUGGCUUAAAUAUGCUAGAAACAUUUAUCCAUUCUUACCUUGAGCCUGAGUUAUUUUUUUUAUUUAUUUACUCUAAAUAAUCAAGUUGUUAAAGUAGACUCUGUCUUGCAUACUGUAUUUAUAUGUUUUUGCAACUUACUUUGUUAAAUGUGCUGCCUAUGAAUAACUGAUGUCAAUACAAAUGGAUAAUUUUCAUUUUACAGGAGAGCUGUCCAUCUGGAGUCCUUUGGGCCAGAUGUUGACUUCUAAGGAAUUUGUCUGGUCCCUGACUGCUCAACAGACCUCUCUGGAUGUCACCAUUGUUUUAUUAUAGUGUAGCCACUGAACAUUUAGGAUAGUAAAAGCCUGGCCUAAUAAGUGCCCAAAUACAGCUUAUGUUAAUAGUAAUGGAAUGCAGAGCAUUGUUACAAACGUUAUUAUGUGCAGGUCAUUUUAUGUAAUUUCUAGAAUGUCCUACUCCUAUGACUUUUAAAGGUCACGUUGCUCCAAUGAUUUCCAAAACACAGUACUUUGGGUCAGUUUCAAAAACAAUAUUAAAAUAUUCAUAGUUCAAUCACAGUCAGUUGAGUCAGAGUUCAGGACACCAUGCAAAGUUAACAGAUGUGUAGUGCCAACUUCAUAUUAAAGGUUUCAGUCUAGUUAUAAUUACCAUAUAAUUCUAAUUACAAAGGGCCAAGUCUCUUAUUUUCACAUUUAUAUGUAAGACGUCAUAUUAGGAUAUGCAAUAUGGAGGAAGGGAGGACUAUUAAAAACCUUUAAAGGGCAACUAAAGUCUAUAAUAGAUUAAUGUUAGAAAUGCUGUA